AUGAGAACAAAACAUUGUGUAAUUCAGGGAACUCCGACGGAGCCGCUGCUGGGGUCCACUGCCGGCAACCCUCUCGCGGAAGACGAACAGGAGGCAGCAGGUGACAGUGUUCCGAAGGCUGGACACGUUGUGGUGGAACAACAGUGUGCUUCGACAGCAGCAGGCAGCAGGGGUCGCCAAGACUGUGACCCGCAGAAAACAGACGGGGAAGGCUCCGCGUGGCGCGCACGCAGGCGGAAACAGUUUUCGCCCAAGAAGCGGGCCCCCCUGGCAGAAUACGUUCUGCUGCAGUCCUACGAAGAAUGGACUCUUCUGCCAGAAACUAGCAGCGGGAGUCCCCACAAGUCGCCUGACUCUAAGAAAGCGGGGAAAGAUAGCAGUGUGGGGCGCACGCGCAGGCGGAAGCAGCAGCAGCCCAAGAAGUGGGUCUCCCUGGCUAGGCUCAGCCAGCACCAGCACCAACAGCAACACCAUGACCAGCAUGUGUGCUGUCUGCAUGGCCCCGGCUGCUCCUCCCAGGCAGGGGCGGAGUCACAGCUGCCGGGCACGUCCAGCACUCUCCCAGGGGGCCCCAGAGAGAGGGGGCAACCGACAGCCAGCCAGGAGGUGGGCGACGUGGCAGAGCAGGUGCAGCUGCUCCAGAACCCGCCAGCAGCGCGCCUGGUGCCGCCAUUUGCACGACAAGUUCCGGUGGCGCCAUUAGAACCACCGCCACCUCCACCACCUGCGAACAGAGCUGCAGCGCGCAAACCCAGCGACGCGCCAGGGCAGUCCGGCUACAGAAGCCCAGGAUUGACGCAGGCCUCCCCUCCGGGUCUGCAGAUGUCCGUCGAGCGCUCACUGCGGCAGAUCUUUGGAAUGGAGAGCGGCACAGGUCUUGUUGGCGUGCAUGGCCGCGGUGCUCCACCCCUCACGCGUGGCUUGACCUUCGCGGCAGGCAAGAUAAGCAGGGAGGCGUGGGGGCCGCGCCCCGUGCAGGGCUACUUCGACCCCGAGGCGCUGGCUGACGCUCUGGCGCCGUCCGGCACCUCCAGAGCAGCAGCAGCAGCAGCUGCUGGCUGCUCACCAGGCGCCGCCGCCUCCGGCAGCAGCUCAUCGUCCUCUGCUCGGGAGGCGUGGGGGCCGCGGCCCGUGCAGGGCUACUUCGACCCCGAGGCGCUGGCUGACGCUCUGGCGCUGUCCGGCACCUCCACAGCAGCAGCAGCAGCAGCAGCAGCUGCUGCUGGCCGCUCACCAGGCGCCGCCGUCUCCAGCAGCAGCUCAUCGCCCUCUGCUCGGGAGGCGUGGGGGCCGCGCCCCGUGCAGGGCUACUUCGACCCCGAGGCGCUGGCUGACGCUCUGGCGCCGUCCGGCACCUCCAGAGCAGCAGCAGCUGCUGGCCGCUCACCAAGCGCCGCCGUCUCCGGCAGCACCUCAUCGCCCUCUGCUCGGGAGCAGAGGACGGCCUGGCCAGCCCCAGCCCGGCCCGGCGGCUCCCUCUUCCCUCUGCGGUGGUUCUUCGGCCCCCAGGAGCUGGCGGACGCUCUCACGCCGUCGGACCAGCCCAGAGGAGCCGCCAGCCACCCACCGGGGACCGGGGGACGCGUCCUCCCCGGCACACAGGUAACGCCGGCCCGCCGCUGUGCGCUCAGUGUGACCACCGUCCUAGACAUGUGUACCACUUUGGUAGUGCUGAAUAUGGAGCAGCGGGAGGCGCCGCCCCAGCAGGGGUUCCUGGACCCCGCCGCCUUGGCAGACGCCCUCGAGCAGUCUCCAGAGUCUAGAGAGUCUGGAGGCUCCAGCAGACGGACAACAGGCGCCGGCGGUGGCCCACCUGCCCGUCGUGCCGUGUAA